CGGGUGGGUCUAGGUGCGCGUGCGCGGCGUAAAUACUCCUCCCCAAACUGCCAACUCUUCGCGCAAGCGAGGUAGUCCUUCCCUGCUUGGGUUUGCGCGUGCGCACUAACUGGCCUGGCCCCGGAAGACCAGACGCCUGCGCGGUGGGGACUACAGUGACAAUUCCUGGGGUGGGGCGCAAGCCAGUCAUGGCGGAGCCUUGGUCUGGGCAGUCCUUGCAGGCUCUGCCGGCCACGGUGCUGGGCGCACUGGGCGCCCUAGGCAGCGAGUUCCUGCGGGAGUGGGAGGCGCAGGACAUGCGCGUGACUCUCUUCAAGCUGCUGCUGCUGUGGUUGGUGUUAAGUCUCCUGGGCAUCCAGCUGGCGUGGGGGUUCUACGGGAGCACGGUGACCGGGCUAUAUCACCGCCCAGGUCUGGGCGGUCAGAACGGAUCCACACCUGAUGGCUCCACGCAUUUCCCUUCCUGGGAAACUGCAGCAAACGAACCUCUCAAAACCCACAGAGAAUAAGAGAAGGCAAUAGGGAGUUGCCUGGCUCCCACUCUGGGUUCUCCUGCUGCCCAGGUCCCAUGGAUGACUACAGGGGGCUUGGAGUUGGGGACAGGAGUACCUCAGUGCUUGCAGGGCUGGCCUUUGCAGGCCCAGUGAACUUUGCCUCUACCCGGAUCUGAGUGCCUUAAGUGGGGAAAGUGUGUUCUUCGUCUCUCAGGGGCUGGAGCUCAGGAGUAGCCUCUAGACUGGGGAGGCCAACAAUCCGUUAUCUGUCCUGGCUUUCUCCUGCUCCUCUUCCCAUUCCCCUGUGGUGUGACCCCAUAGAGAUUUGUCUAGCUGAGAGGAUGCCUGAGGUUGAGGUUGACCAACCAUGGGAUUUGUAAGGAAAGUCUGUUCUACCCUAAGACCUGGGUUCCCUGAAUUCCUUUGGUUUUGUUUUGUUGGCAGGGAGCCAGGGAAUCUUGGCCUGAGCCAGACCUUAUACUCUGGGGUGGCCUCCCACCCCCAUUGCUGAAGUGCCCAUGGGGUCUCGGGUCUGUACCCUGCCCCUACACUGGGAAGUACUGCAAAGUUACUUAGUUAGCUAUUAAGGUAUAAGACCUUAUGGCAAGGGGUAGCUGGCACCAUCCAAUCAUGGAGGCACUGACCACACCUCUCCAGCCCACCUAGAGCUCUUUAGGUAUGACCCAGGUAAAGGAAAUUGUCGUUUCCCAAGUGUUCUACUUAUAUUCCUCAGUCUUUCUUGGGGGGGAAACUGGGUGCCUGAAAGGGGCAGAGUCUACCAGCUGGGCUCCUGGGGUGGCCUCCCAUCCCCACCACUGAAGUGCCCGUGGAGUCUCGAGUAUGUACCCCGCCCCUUCGCUGAGGUACUGAGCAGUUAGUACAGAGCUGCCCCAUCAUGCCCUGCAGCCUCAUCACUUCCCACCUUGACCUGGAACAACAGGAGCCUCAUCCUAAGAGCCCGAAGGUUCAGCUCCUCCUCACCAGCACUAUCUCAGUGCAGAAGAGCCACAGGCCAGGCAGGCCUGCCAUCUCCCUAGUGGGCCAGGGGAGCUUCCAAAAGUGUGUGUUGCAAAACAUCCCCAAAGAAGCACUGGUUCCUGAAAGCAGUGUGGCCCUGUACCUGCCUCACUCUCUGAUAGCAACGCCUCUGCCUGCCUCUGCUGGACCACUAGCUACCUCAGUGUCCUGCUGCCUACUUCCUCUCUGUUAGAGGUCACAUUUCUGUGUGGCAGCCUUUCCCUACGCCAUCCUUAUGGCAGAGGGGCACUGAAAGUGGGUGCUGUAAUCAGCACACAUAUACACUCCAGAGAUGUCUUCUGGGUGGCAGAUUGAUGGUCUUCCCAGGCCUACCCACCACCACCACCACACACAGAAAUAGGGCCUAAUAUCUCACUCCAGACUCAACUGAGUCUGUGGCUUAUUAAAAAUGGA